GGUUCAGGAGGCCGGAAGUUGCGCCCUCACUACUCGCCGUUUCAAAAUGCUGCUGAGGCCUUAGGGCCUGUGACUGACGCCCCCUCCCCCCCCCCCCGGGCUCGCCGGGGGAGCGACUCAUGGAGCGGCCUUAAGAUUUAUCAGCAGACGGCAAUUUCUUCACUGCCAAAAUGACAUCAUUUUCCACCUCUGCCCAGUGUUCAACUUCUGACAGUGCUUGCAGGAUCUCUCCAGAACAAACCAAUCAGGUACGACCAAAACAGCCACUUUUGAAGAUUUUGCAGGCAGCAGGUGCACAAGGUGAAAUGUUCACUGUUAAAGAGGUCAUGCACUAUCUAGGCCAGUAUAUAAUGGUGAAGCAGCUUUAUGAUCAGCAGGAGCAGCAUAUGGUGUAUUGUGGUGGAGAUCUUUUGGGAGAACUGCUAGGACGUCAGAGCUUCUCCGUGAAAGAUCCAAGCCCUCUCUAUGAUAUGCUAAGAAAGAAUCUUGUCACUUUAGCCUCUGCUACUACAGAUGCCGCUCAGACUCUCGCUCUCGCACAGGAUCACAGUAUGGAUAUUCCAAGUCAAGACCAACUGAAGCAAAGUGCAGAAGAAAGUUCCAGUUCCAGGAAAAGAAUGGAAGAAGGCAAUAUUCCUACACUGCCUACCUCACAACAUAAAUGCAGAAAUUCUAGAGAAGAUGAAGACCUCAUAAAAAACUUAACCCAAGAUGAGACAUCUAAGCUGGACCUUGGGUUUGAGGAGUGGGAUGUAGCUGGGCUGCCUUGGUGGUUUUUAGGAAACCUGAGGAGCAACUAUACACCUAGAAGUAAUGGCUCGACUGAUUUACAGACAAAUCAGGAUGUAGGUACUGCCAUUGUUUCAGACACCACAGAUGAUUUGUGGUUUUUGAAUGAGUCUGUAUCAGAGCAGUUUGGUGUGGGAAUAAAAGUUGAAGCUGCAGACACUGAACAAACAAGUGAAGAAGUAGGAAAAGUAAGAGACAAAAAGGUGGUUGAAGUGGGAAAAAAUGAUGACCUUGAGGACUCUAAGUCCCUAAGUGACGAUACUGAUGUAGAAGUUACCUCCGAGGAUGAGUGGCAGUGUACUGAGUGCAAGAAAUUUAACUCUCCAAGCAAGAGGUACUGUUUUCGUUGCUGGGCGUUGAGGAAGGAUUGGUAUUCGGAUUGUUCUAAGUUAACCCAUUCUCUCUCCACGUCUGAUAUCACUGCCAUACCUGAAAAGAAGGAAAAUGAAGGAAUUGAUGUCCCUGAUUGUCGAAGAACCAUAUCAGCUCCAGUUGUUAGACCUAAAGAUGUAUAUACAAAGGAAGAAAAAAACCCCAAACUUUUUGAUCCCUGCAACUCAGUGGAAUUCUUGGAUUUGGCCCACAGUUCUGAAAGCCAGGAAACCAUAUCAAGCAUGGGAGAACAAUCAGAUAACCUUUUCGAACAGAGAACAGAUACAGAAAACAUGGAGGAUUGCCAGAAUCUCUUGAAGCCAUGUAGUCUGUGUGAGAAAAGACCACGAGACGGGAACAUUAUUCAUGGGAGGACAGGGCAUCUUGUCACUUGUUUUCACUGUGCCAGAAGAUUGAAGAAGGCUGGGGCUUCAUGCCCUAUUUGCAAGAAAGAGAUUCAGUUGGUUAUUAAGGUUUUUAUAGCAUAGCUGACUCCAUGAAUUGCAGAGAAAUAUUAACAGGCUAGGUAUGUAUCAAAAUGUCAGUAUUGAGCAUCUCCACUCACCGUAACUCAC